UGGACACACAUCCGGUGACGUCACAUCUUAUUUACUGCCUCAGCGGCUCGAAGACCCUUUUCUUCUUCAGUGUCUUAUCAAACAAAAACAUGUCUAUAUUCACUCCAACAAACCAGAUCCGACUGACCAACGUCGCCGUGGUUCGGAUGAAAAAGGGCGGGAAGCGGUUUGAAAUCGCUUGUUACAAAAAUAAAGUCAUGAGCUGGAGAUCAGGCGCAGAGAAAGACCUGGACGAGGUGCUGCAGACACACUCUGUUUUUGUCAAUGUUUCCAAAGGUCAGAUGGCGAAGAAGGAUGACCUGGUCAAAGCUUUUGGAACAGGCGAUCAAACAGAAAUCUGCAAACAGAUUUUGUCCAAAGGGGAGCUCCAGGUGUCUGACAAGGAGAGGCAGAGCCAGCUGGAGACCAUGUUCAGAGACAUCGCCACCAUCGUGGCGGAGAAGUGUGUGAAUCCAGACACUAGGAGGCCUUACACAGUCAGCCUGAUCGAGCGAGCGAUGAAGGACAUCCACUACUCUGUGAAGCCCAACAAGAGCAGCAAGCAGCAGGCCCUGGAAGUGAUCCGGCAGCUGAAGGAGACCAUGGAGAUCCAGAGAGCCCACAUGCGGCUGCGGCUGGCGGUGCCAGCCAAGGAGGCCAAGAGGCUGAGGGAGAAGCUGAAGCCGCUGCUGCAGGUGGUGGAGAGCGAGGAGUUCGACGAAGAGCUGGAAAUGGUGGUUCUGGUGGAUCCCGGCUGCUUCAGGGAGAUUGAUGAGCUGAUCCGCUGUGAGACCAAAGGCCGAGGCUCUCUGGAGGUGCUGAGCCUGAAGGACGUGGAGGAAGGAGACGAGAAGCUAUAGGAGCUGAUUCACUAAAACUCCUGCAGAGACACAGUUUACUGUCUAACUCGCCUUAUUUCAGCCUUUUACGCAGCAGCCGCGUUUAAGAGAAACUCUCACUCACCUCACUGCUGAGACGAGUCGAUCCGAUAGCAGGCUUCAGCGAUCAAAAAGUCAGCAAUUAGCUCUGACCUAAAUGUUAUUAUUUAUUAUUUUCCUGUCCGGUGUGCACAUCUUUUACUCCUUCCUUAUCUUCGUAGGCCCAGAAGUAAAUAUUUAUCUCCAACAAUUAGUCCUGCUCUGCAGCUAAACAGAAAGAAACCUGAUUGUUUUCUGUAGACUUUGAUUUUACUGACAUAAAAUAAUUAUAAAUAUUCACACAAUCUGUCAUUUUACCUGGCAGCCCAAUAGAAAUAUGUCAAAUAAAUUAGUUUCAUUAUUA